AUGGGGCAAUUCCAGUCUGCCAGUAGCACACCAACUUGCGUACCUGGUAAUCAAGUGCCCGUACAUCAAUCAUACCAGACUCCUGAGCAAGGGAAUCACACUACAGCUGCUAGUAGGUGUGCGCCGCUGGUCGCCGGGCCCCCAGCAGAGGAGAAGGUCACACUCACUGAAGAAAUACAAGCAGCAGGUCCGGUCCGACGAGGAACAAUUGACAGUGGACACAGGAGCAGGCCACCAGCGAGCGAGGCUCACACCACGACCCGUGAGGAGCGUGGGAGCGUGGGAGAAGACACGGGGAGGCACGGGGAACGACACGCCCUCUGUGCAGUGCGCGGUGCAGCGCUAUGCAGACACUGCCAUACAGAGGUGCAGAAUUGCACGGGCGAGGGAGGUAGCGGAGGCAAAUAUCUGCCCACCACCGAUGUCGCUGUGGUGUUCAUCAGCCCAGGCCCCAGCCAGAAUCUCGGCUGA